CGCAGGUGUUUACGUUUCCCCACUUCCGCAGUCGACCAGAGAGGAAUAACGCUCCCAAACUAAAAUCCCGAAUUUGAGAAAACACAUUUUGGUCACGUUUUCUCGUUUUUUUUUUGCCCUAGUGUAACAGUUGCCCGGUAAUUGUAGAUUGUAAAAACGGUUAGUUGUGUCACUGUUGGCGCUGUAUCGUGAGUUUCCUUCGUCCUUCCUCGCCUCCUCGCAGGCGAACAUAAAGCUAGCUGGAGCAGCUUUAGCACCGUUGGCCGCUUUUCUGUCAUUCACAGGGGAAAAAAAGCUGUGUUAGCAACGGAUCGGCAUUUGACAAUAAGUGAUCCAUUAUUGAUCGAUACGUACAUCGGCUAGGGUUAAAUCAAGUCAGGUAGUCAUGGCAACUAGGCGUCUGACCGAUGCCUUCUUGUUAAUGCGGAACAAUGCGAUCCAAAACCGGCAGAUAUUGGCUGAGCAAGUGAGUACAUAUGACCCCCGUCGUACUCUGAGUUCACGUAGCAAUGCUGCGGAGCUUGAUGAGUUGGCCGAUGACCGAAUGGCCCUGGUGUCAGGAAUCAGUCUGGAUCCUGAAGCUGCCAUCGGAGUCACCAAAAAGCUGCCGCCCAAAUGGGUAGAUGGGGUCGAUGAGAUCCAGUAUGAAAUCACACGGGUGCGGCAGAAGAUGAAGGAACUGGCCUCACUUCAUGACAAGCAUAUGAAUCGUCCCACACUGGAUGACAGCAGUGAGGAAGAGCACGCCAUAGAAAUCACUACCCAGGAGAUCACACAGAUGUUCCAUCGAUGUCAGCGUGCUGUGACCGGCCUGCAGGCUCGUUGUGGCCAUUGCACUGAGCAGGAGGAGAGGCUGCUGAGAAACGUGGUGUCCUCGCUGGCACAGAGCCUGCAGGAGCUGUCCACCAAUUUCAGACACACACAGUCCAGCUACCUAAAACGUAUGAAGAAUCGUGAGGAAAGAUCUAAACACUUCUUUGACUCUGGACCUCUAAUGGAGGAGGAUGAAGAUUUAGCUCUAUAUGACAGGGGGUUCACGGAUGACCAGCUGAUGCUGGUGGAGCAGAACACGGUUAUGGUUGAGGAACGAGAGAGGGAGAUCCGACAAAUCGUACAGUCUAUCUCAGAUCUGAAUGAGAUUUUUCGGGACUUGGCUGGAAUGGUGGUGGAACAGGGCACAGUUCUCGACAGAAUCGACUUCAACGUGGAACAAGCUUGUGUUAAAACAGAAGAUGGAUUAAAACAGCUACAGAAGGCUGAGCAGUACCAGAAGAAAAACAGAAAGAUGCUGGUCAUUUUGAUCCUCUUUGUCAUAGUCAUUGUUCUAAUAAUUAUUCUUUUUGGGACAAAGUUUUAAUUUUGCAUUCCUUUGGCUUCUGUUUUCUGUGUGGGUGUUUGUUGUGCAUCUGUGUGGACUUGGAUGAGCAUCUCGGCUCUGUUCAAAACAAUGCUUGAACUGCCUUUCGUACCCACCAGGAAACAUUUGAAGAAUUCCCCAGAGCUCUCUGAAGCCGCAUUUUGGGUGGUGGAGACGCUCUGUGGUCGAUUUUAUUGGAAGAAACAAUCAUCUCUGUAUGAGCCCUGCGUGUUUUCUCACGUGACUUGACUAACCAGGCUGUGUCGGGUUUAUCUUGGACUCUAUGUUGACAUACCUGCGUCUUGAUAACCACAGAAGGAAACACUCUCUCGCAUAUUAAAACGGACUACCGAUGCUAAACUGUCAAAGCAGAGCAUUUAUACUUGGAUUUCAGGCAUGAAUUGUGAUAUUUGUUGUGUGAAAAUGAAUUAUGUCAGUCCAAUAUCAUUGCAGGUGUUGUUUCUGUGAGGAAAAAAUGUGACAAGACAAUGUUUGUGAAUGAGAAACAUACAUCUCAUUUUGUUCGGCAAAUUCAUUUUCCUCAGUCUGUAUUAGUGCUCUGCUUCAGUAUUUCCCCUUUAAAGACUUAAUGGCAGUGUUUGUAUUGGCACUACAACUGAUUAGAUUAGAACAGCCAUUCCAUACCAAAAAUAUUCCUACUGAUUAAGGACCACCUGUUCAGCUCGUAUUCUGAAAUUAUGCCCUUUUUACACCAACUCCACAUUUUCUUUAAGCACUCAUUUUAAAUCACUUGUUUUUUUGUUUUUGUUUUGUUUUGUUUUUCAUGGUCCUUGCAUAAAGUGCUACCUUUUUAUAACUCUUGCAGUUUGCACAUAUUGAGGCCUGAGGAGGGUUGUGUUAUGGAUGUAAUACUACUGUCAUCUGUAUGAUGAAAAGAAUUAUUUAUUUUUUAAUGACGUCAGAUAAUUCAGAGGUUCAAAGUGUUCUGUCUCGGGCAGAGUUGCUGUAUAUUGAGUAAAAUGUAUCUGUAGUCUAAACCCAGUCGUUACUUUGUCCACCUCACUGAGAAAACAGUAACGUAGUCCAAAACAAUCUACCAUGUGAGCAGCGUCUUAUCAGUCGGACAGACGUGGAUACGGGACAUUUUACCUUUGUGCGUUGGAAAUGAUUUACAUGUUUGUCCAAAUGUUGUGUAAUGACGGAUGAGCUGAAAUGAUGAAGAGGUUUAUUUGACAUCUGUACACUUUAUAUACUCGUUAAAUCAUCAUUGUCAUUGAUGUGAAGUUCUGUGUGGAAAAAUGGCUGUGACCCAGUGGUACUGUACUGAGGAUUUGUUUGUUUUUCAAACAAAACGGGCGGGAAGAGAAAAGAUUUUUUUUUUUUUAAUAAACCUGCAACCUGG